UUUAUAAAAAGGAAUGCUUCCACAGCAGAACAGCAAAGCAAAGAGAGAAUUAGAAGAACUGCAAACUAUCAAGAAGCACCUACAGCCCACUGAACACUGAACCACAGGCUGCUGUUACUGACUGACACUCCAAAUAAGGAAGAAAACAACAACCUCUGAAUAACAAUGCAGUUCCUGCUUUUAUUAAUAGCUGUGUUGCCACACAUCUUCAGUCUGGAAGCUGCUCCAAGAAUAACAAGCUCAGAACUGUACAGUUAUGAAUAUGGGGAAGAAGGGUGUGGCUGUUUGAAUGGAGGAUUGUGUUUUAAAGACAAGUAUCACAAAAGAAAAUGGCGCUGCAGAUGCCCCAAAGGCUACAAAGGAAGAACUUGUGAAAUCGACUCAAGAGUCACUUGCUAUACUGGCAAUGGAGCAAACUACAGGGGCACAGCGUCCAAGUCUGAAUCAGGAAAUGAAUGUCUUGACUUUGGCUAUUACAGUUCUGAGCGGCCGAGGGCUGUUCAAUUUGGACUUGGCAAGCACAGCUACUGCCGGAAUCCUGACAGCAGCAUGAAGCCCUGGUGCUAUGUGAAAAAAGGUCACAGCUUUGUAAAGGAAUUCUGUAGCAUUCCAGCUUGUGCACAAGAGCUUACACCCACCUGUGGCCUGAGGAAAGGAAAGCAGUAUAAAAUUGUAGGAGGAGAAACCGCAACAAUCGAGUCUCACCCCUGGAUAGCGUCCAUCUUCUACAGAUCAAGAGGUAAAGAGAUAUUCCGGUGUGGUGGGAGUCUGAUUAGUCCCUGCUGGAUUUUGACAGCAGCACACUGUUUCCAAGAGGGUCCUGAUGCAAAACCUGGUCAAUACUCUGUCUAUUUGGGAAAGGAUGCUCUCAAUGCCACUGACUCUCGUAAAGAACAGAAAUUUGAUGUUGAAAAUGUUAUUCUUCACCAUGAGUUUGACAGUAACCAAGGAAAUUACAACAACGACAUAGCACUGGUGAAACUAAGUGGACAGUGUGCCGUGGAGUCCAGUUCUGUGAAAACUGUCUGCCUUCCCCCAUCAAACCAGAUGUUGCCCCAAGGCUCUUACUGUGAGAUUGCUGGAUUUGGAAAGGAGGCCCAAUCUUUAUGGUACUUUUCCAAAUAUCUGAGAGAAGCGACGGUUCAACUGAUUUCUCAGAAUACCUGCAAAAGCACGCAGUACUAUGGGUCUCUGGUAACAGACAACAUGUUCUGUGCUGGCCACCCUAAAUGGAAAGUGGAUUCUUGCAAGGGUGAUUCAGGCGGCCCCUUGGUCUGUGAUGUCUACGGAAAGAUGUUUCUCUUUGGAAUCGUCAGCUGGGGAGAAGGCUGUGCCAAGGCUUACAGGCCGGGCGUCUAUACACAGGUUACAAAAUACAACCAGUGGAUUGCCGCCAACACUGGGAUAGCAGCUUUGAGUGAAGGACUCAUGUACCCUGAGAAAUGAUUCUGACGCCUAGAACUUCUGCAACAUUACUGCGUCCACAAUACUAAAUCAUUACUGGUACAUUGUUGUAAGGGCGGGCCAGGUGCAUUCCACAUAUCAGAUUUUACUACAGUGUUCCACUCUAUGUGUCACUGAAAGGAAAGCUUAAAAAAUAAUAACGGCAUUUUGGGAGUCAAUACACAUGAAGGUGUAUUUUCUACUAAGAGAACAAAGCUUUAAAAAUCUCAAGCAGAUCCACAAUUCAUCCACUGAAGGUUAUGCGGACCAAUACACAUGGUUGUGUGAGCUUACUUACAUUAAUGUUGGAUUGUGGUCAUUAUUUUUUUAAUUGUCUAUUUAAUUGUUAUUGUUAAUCAUUUGGGAACAUAGCUAGUGGGUUUUUUUGAGUUAGCAUGUAUGAUGUCCAGUUCUUUUAAAAAAGCUAAAUAUUUUUAAUGGCUAUUUAAAAAAAAAAAAAAAAAAAAAAAAAACAUUUGGGCAAUAAUUAUAUUUUCAUGAUUAUAUAAGGAUUUAUUUCAAACCAGCUAUUUUAGAUUUGUUUGUUUUAUUUAUCUGACGAACAUUUAUUAAAAAAAAAAAAAACAUUUUUAUGGAUUAAAAACAUUUUUUAAAAAAUGAUCAGAAAACAUUAGAAAAAGCAGGCUCUGUAGAUUGGACACCAACACAUGUAGCAAGUCUUGCCAUUCACUAGCAUUACAUUUUAUGAUUAAUGUCAAUGAAAAUGCUCUUUUAUUUUUUGCAGUGAUUUCAAGCUUGUAAUUAAUAACGAAUGUUAAUUUGGAAGUGAUAAUAAACUGAUGAGGGCUGGAACCUCUGUAUUUAUUUGUUUCUGUACCACUGCAUUGUGUGUUUUAUAAUGUUAAAUUGUUUUUUGUUUUUUUUGUUACAUGCUGUUAUUUUUUUAACCUGCAAUAAAGACUGUUCAGUAAUUUACUUUGUGUAUUAACUCUGAAUCUCUGUUGUGCCUGAAUACAAUUAGAAUUUAGAGUUAUCAAGUUGUAU